AUGGUCACAGAAUCCCACCGCAAAACGUCGACCGCCUCCAGAAUAUUUGCUCUAAAGUUGGGGGCAUCUCCACCACAGCCUGGCCCGGCCAACGUUGUCCCUAAUGAUCCGGUGAUCCAUAGCCCUUCAAGAAAUCUUUUGUAUUCGCCACCAACCCCGUCUCGAUCAGAUUCCCCAUUUCAGCUCGCCCCGAAUCUAUCACACGACUUGAAUUCUCAGGAAACCCUUCACAGUGCGUUGGAGAUCAAGGAGCUUGAAACUCUCAUGGUACGCCUCCCCUUCAACAUUUAUUUUCCUCCAAUGUCGAUUCAGGCCGUAUUCUGA